UUUGGAAAGUGCAUCGAAUAGGAAUGAGGAUUGGAAAUCACAAUUUGCAACGAGAUGCUUUUUCUGCAGCCUCACCUCUUUUCCCAAGCGCCGGUAAAUUUAAUUAUGCAGUAGCGAUUGCCCAGCACCUUUCUACCUUAACCAAGUAUCCAAGAUUAAAUGAGAUUUUGCAAUAUGUUGGGGCAUUCAGAAUACCAAAGAACACUGAUAACAGAAAUGAAGAUCAAAAACCUGUUUGUUUUGGCUUUGACGAAGCCCUUGAAACGUUUGGUGUUCAUUUUAUAAAACAAAACAUUACUGGAAAUGUUAUUGAUGAAGCAAAAUUAAAGGCAAGUAUUAAAGCAGCCCAAUCAGAAAGGGAUAGAAUUGAUCUACUCUUAAGCGAAUAUCUUGAUGACACUUCAAUUUCUCAGAGUGAACGCGCUAUUAAUUCCAGAUGGGAAGUAUUAUGGAAGUUAAUUGAAGACUUGGUUAUUGUUUUUGAUAUGGUAGAUCCGUUAUCUCAUGAAAUUUUUAAAGAUCUUGAACCACCUGAAUUACACAAAGAGGGUAUGAAAAAUUGGUCGCGUGUUAUAAAAAUGGUUUAGAGCGAAUGCAAGUAAUUUAUAAACAAGAUGUGAUAAAGAUCGAACCUCGAAAUGCAAAAGGAAGACGUGCUUUAGAAAUUCGGAGAACGAGAUACAAGGACUACGCUGAGAAAAAAAGAACUGGGAGGGAGACAAGGAGAAGGCAAAAGCAUGAUAAAGAAAUAUCCCAACCAGAGGUACUGUAUACACAAUACUUUAUUGUGACCUUAACUCAUACCUAAUUUUCUAUGCUACUUUAGCCACAAGUUGAUAACCAGGAGUCCAAAA